GGGGGACGCGGCAAAAUUGUGUCUCCGCCCCCCCCUUUCUUGCCCACUCCCAUUCGCCAGCCGUAUCUACUCUCUAAAAAAUUGAGGGGUUCGGGGAAAGGCGGGGGCCGCAGAUCGAAGCUGGACCUGCAGUAUCCCCCGCACCUAGAGGGCAACCAUGGCCGAGGAGAGCUCCGAUGUUCCCAGGGAGUUGAUAGAAAGCAUAAAGGAUGUUAUUGGCAGAAAGAUAAAAAUUUCAGUGAAGAAGAAAGUAAAGUUGGAAGUUAAGGGCGACAAAGUUGAAAACAAAGUGCUGGUGCUUACAUCAUGCCGUGCCUUCCUUGUGACAGCACGAAUUCCCACCAAGCUCGAGUUAACCUUCAGCUACUUGGAGAUUCACGGAGUCAUCUGCAGCAAACCAGCUCAGAUGGUUGUGGAGACUGAGAAAUGCAGCAUCUCUAUGAAGAUGGCGUCACCUGAGGAUGUGAACGACGUGCUGGCUCACAUUGGCACCUGCCUGAGGAAGAUAUUUCCAGGCCUCUCUCCAGUGAGAAUCAUGAAAAAAGUCUCCAUGGAGCCAUCUGAGCGCCUGGCUAGUCUCCAGGCUCUGUGGGACAGCCAGACCCUGGCUGAGCAGGGCCCCUGCGGUGGAUUUUCUCAGAUGUAUGCCUGUGUUUGUGACUGGCUUGGAUUUUCAUAUAGGGAAGAAGUACAAUGGGAUGUGGAUACAAUUUAUCUGACACAAGACACCAGGGAAUUGAAUUUACAAGACUUUAGUCAUCUUGACCACAGGGACCUUAUACCUAUCAUUGCUGCUCUGGAAUACAAUCAGUGGUUCACAAAGCUGUCCUCUAAAGAUCUAAAACUGUCCACUGAUGUCUGUGAACAGAUUUUGAGGGUGGUGAGUAGGUCCAAUCGACUGGAAGAAUUGGUGUUGGAAAAUGCUGGACUUAGAACAGAUUUUGCACAAAAACUGGCCAGUGCUCUAGCACAUAAUCCUAACUCAGGACUCCACACGAUUAACCUUGCUGGCAACCCCCUGGAGGAUAGAGGUGUAUCCUCUUUAAGUAUUCAAUUUGCCAAACUCCCAAAGGGAUUAAAGCAUUUAAAUUUAUCUAAAACCUCAUUAUCACCUAAAGGGGUGAAUAGCCUUUCUCAGUCACUCAGUGCCAAUUCAUUGACUGCCUCCACCCUUGUCCAUCUCGACCUCUCAGGGAAUGUCCUUCGCGGAGACGACCUCUCGCACAUGUACAAUUUUUUGGCCCAGCCAAAUGCCAUCGCUCAUCUGGAUUUAUCCAAUACUGAAUGUUCUCUGGACAUGGUCUGUGGAGCCCUUCUCCGUGGAUGCCUUCAGUAUUUAUCUGUGCUCAAUCUCUCCAGAACUGUCUUCUCUCACCGGAAAGGAAAAGAAGUACCCCCAUCUUUCAAGCAGUUUUUUAGUAGUUCUCUGGCUUUGAUGCAAAUCAACCUUUCAGGCACAAAACUGUCUCCUGAACCCUUAAAAGCACUAUUGUUGGGCCUGGCCUGUAAUCAUAGCUUGAAGGGGGUUUCUCUGGAUCUCAGCAACUGUGAGCUUGGCCAUUGUUUGAGAUCAGGAGGUGCUCAAGUAUUAGAAGGCUGCAUCGCUGAAAUCCACAGCAUCACCAGUUUAGACAUCUCUGACAACGGUUUAGAGUCUGACCUAUCUACCUUAAUAGUGUGGCUCAGUAAAAACAGAUCAAUACAACACCUGGCGUUAGGCAAAAAUUUUAAUAAUAUGAAAUCCAAAAAUCUGACACCUGUAUUGGACAACUUAGUACAGAUGAUUCAAGAUGAAGAAUCACCUCUGCAGUCCUUGUCCCUGGCUGACUCAAAACUCAAGACCGAGGUUACCAUCAUCAUUAAUGCCCUGGGAAGCAACACCUCCCUGACCAAAGUGGACAUUAGUGGGAAUGGAAUGGGGGACAUGGGAGCAAAGAUGCUGGCCAAAGCACUGCAGAUCAACACUAAACUCAGGACAGUAAUAUGGGACAAGAACAACAUCACUGCCCAAGGCUUUCAAGAUAUAGCUGUUGCUAUGGAAAAGAACUACACAUUGAGAUUUAUGCCAAUUCCUAUGUAUGAUGCUUCUCAAGCCCUCAAAACAAACCCUGAAAAAACAGAAGAGGCUCUGCAAAAGAUAGAAAAUUAUCUGCUAAGGAAUCACGAGACUAGAAAAUACCUUCAAGAGCAGGCCUACCGUCUACAGCAGGGUAUCGUCACUAGCACCACCCAGCAGAUGAUUGACAGAAUAUGUGUGAAAGUACAAGAUCAUCUCAACUCCUUACGAAAUUGUGGGGGAGAUGCUAUCCAGGAAGAUUUAAAAUCAGCUGAACGGCUCAUGCGUGAUGCUAAGAAUUCUAAAACGUUGUUACCAAAUUUAUACCAUGUUGGUGGUACAUCUUGGGCUGGAGCCAGUGGCUUGUUGUCCAGUCCAAUUCAGGAAACCCUGGAAUCAAUGGCUGGAGAAGUUACAAGAGUAGUAGAUGAACAACUAAAGGCAUUGCUUGAGUCCAUGGUUGAUGCUGCCGAGAAUCUUUGUCCCAAUGUGAUGAAAAAAGCCCACAUUCGGCAAGACUUGAUUCAUGCCAGCACCGAAAAGAUUUCCAUUCCACGUACCUUUGUUAAAAAUGUCCUGUUGGAGCAGUCUGGAAUUGAUAUCCUUAACAAAAUUAGUGAAGUAAAGUUGACUGUGGCCUCCUUCCUGUCUGAUCGAAUCGUGGAUGAAAUCCUGGAUGCACUCUCACAUUGCCAUCAUAAACUGGCCGACCAUUUCAGUAGACGUGGCAAGACCCUUCCUCAACAAGAGUCUUUAGAAAUCGAGCUGGCUGAGGAGAAACCAGUUAAACGCUCCAUCAUCACAGUGGAGGAGCUCACGGAGAUAGAGCGUUUGGAAGAUCUAGAUACUUGUAUGAUGACUCCUAAAUCCAAAAGGAAGAGUAUCCACAGCCGAAUGCUACGGCCUGUUUCUAGGGCCUUUGAAAUGGAGUUUGAUCUAGAUAAAGCACUGGAAGAGGUACCGAUUCACAUCGAAGAUCCGCCUUUCCCAUCCCUCAGACAAGAGAAGCGGAGCUCAGGAUUUAUCUCUGAGUUACCCUCUGAAGAGGGGAGGAAACUGGAACACUUCACCAAGUUAAGGCCAAAACGGAAUAAGAAGCAGCAACCCACUCAAGCAGCGGUCUGUGCUGCCAACAUAGUCUCUCAAGAUGGUGAACAGAAUGGUCUUAUGGGGAGAGUAGAUGAAGGUGUAGAUGAAUUUUUCACUAAGAAGGUGACCAAAAUGGAUUCCAAGAAAUGGUCAACAAGAGGCUCAGAGUCUCACGAGCUUAGUGAAGGAGGCGAUGAAAAGAAGAAGCGAGAUUCGCGGAAAAGUGGUGGCUUUCUCAAUUUAAUCAAAUCUCGGUCUAAAUCUGAGCGGCCACCAACGGUCUUGAUGACAGAAGAACCUUCAUCACCAAAAGGGGCAGUCAGAAGUCCUGUUGUGGACAUUCCCAGAAAGGACACAAAGACAACUGAGCACAACGGCAGUUCUGAACGGAUAGAGGAGAUAAAAACACCCGACUCAUUUGAAGAGAGCCAAGGGGAAGAAACAGGGAAGCUGGACCGGAGUGACAGCAAGAGCAGCCCACAGGGAGGGCGGAGGUAUGGGGUCCAGGUGAUGGGCAGCGGCCUGCUGGCAGAGAUGAAGGCCAAACAAGAAAGGAGAGCUGCUUGUGCUCAGAAGAAGCUUGGGAAUGAUGCCAUAUCCCAGGAUCCUUCCAGCCCGACCUUGAGCAGUGUAGAACGGUUGGACGGAGGUGGAGCAGUACCUAAACUACACCCAGGUCUUCCAGAGAACCGCUUUGGGAUGGGAACACCAGAAAAGAAUGCUAAAGCAGAGCCCAGAGUGGAAGCAGGUUCCAGGUCUCGGAGCUCAUCCAGCACACUCACCAGCCCUAAGCCCCUCCUGCAGUCCCCUAAACCCAGCCUCACGGCGCGGCCCGUUAUCCCACAGAAACCGAGAACUGCCUCGCGGCCUGAGGACAUCCCAGACUCUCCAUCUGGCCCAAGUUCCCCUAAAGUUGCUCUUCUUCCCCCUGUCCUGAAAAAAGUUCCUUCAGACAAGGAAAGAGAUGGCCAGAGUAGCCCCCAGCCAAGUCCUAGGACAUUUUCCCAGGAAGUUUCAAGGAGAAGCUGGGGCCCACAGGCCCAGGAGUCUCAAGAACAAAAACAACAGUCCUCCAGUAAAGAUGGCCAUCAAGGCAGCAAAUCUAGUGACUCUGGGGAAGAAGCGGAAAAAGAGUUUAUUUUUGUGUAAAGGUCACCCACACAGAUGUCUUCCUGUGAAGGGUGCUUUUGUUAACCAUCAGAGAGGAACCAAGGGCAACGCUUCUUCUUCCCAGGCAUUCUUCUCUUGGUGCU